AGGUGCCAGGUCGUGCUGAAAAAUGAAAUCUUCAUCUCCAUAAAGCUUUUCAGCAGAUGGAAGCAUGAAGUGCUCCAAAAUCUCCUGAUAGCUAGCUGCAUUGACCCUGCCCUUGAAAGUAGGGUCUGAUGUUCCUGAUUCCUUGUUUAAGAAAGAUUAUCUCACCUCGUGUGUGUUCUCCAUCAGGUUGUCCUUGUGUUCUGGAUCCCGUUCCAGCUCGUUUCCUGGUUCCUGAGCUUACCAGCAUGAAUUCACGUUGUUUCCUUCGGACUGAAGUUUGCGGCUGGCAGCGGGCUGACUCCCCCUCCCUUGGACUCUCCUGUGAUGAACCCUGCUCACCCUCCAACCGUGUUCACCUUCCAAGCCGGUCUGCAAGAACCCAUCACGCUUUGCCAAGCUCAUCUUCCUCCUGGAUCAAACCAACCUUCAGAGAAGCAGUCAAGCAUCACUGCACACCUUCCUCUGGCUGAUCACAGACUCUCAGACCCCACUCAUUCUUCCCUGGCGGUUCAUCAUCUCAUCCCCUGUAAGCACGAUCUCAAACUUCCAAAAUCCUCCAGCAUUAUAGCUAACCUUCCAUGUCCAGUUCUCUGCUUCUGAUUUUAUUGAUCAGAUCUGCUACAAUAAACAUUUUAAACCUUUUUUUUUUUUUUUUUCUGUCUCCUGAGUGUGUUCUGCAUGUGCAAAUGUGUGUGGCAAAAACGAUGACCACAUUGUCUUGGUCGUGUUGGACCAUUCAUUAAGAAAACGAUCAACAUAAAUUUAAUUUAUCUUCACUGAACUAAUACAGAUGGGCGUAGUAGCCUUAAUUCUCCCUUCUCAUGGUAGCAAAGUUGCAGUUAGAGGACCCAAGCCUACCUGAGUUGAACAAUUGCUGCAACAUGGUAAAUGUGACCAUAAGGAGGAACAUCGUGGAGAUAAAUUUCCUGCCUGGCUGCUCCUUUAAGUCAGACACCACCUGCUCCUGUGGCGUCAGCGGCGCCCACGAUGGCUGCACGAUCAAUCCGGCAGAGAAAUGUUGCAAUGUGACAUCUUCUAACAACACUGGCAUGCGCCGGAUGAAAUACCCGGAACGGCUCCUUCAAACCUCUGGUGUCAGGUUUUGCCAGAAAACACCAGUAGUUGGAACACUGUUUACAUUGACUGUAGUCAGCUAUGUUCUUCUUCUCUUGGGCUGACUGUGCCUGAUGAAACCUGCUAUGGCUUUUUGUAAUGAAAGCCUGCUGGACGACUGUGACCUCUUGGAGCCGGAUGUGGAGGAAGCAGCUGAAACGCUCCCACCAGAAGCUUCGCCGCCUCUCAUAUCGGUUACUCUCCGGGUGACACUGGCGGCCAUAAUGAUCUUCAUGAUAACCAUUGGUUUCCUUGGCAACGCAAUCGUGUGUCUUAUUGUUUACCAGAAGCCUGCCAUGCGCUCUGCUAUCAAUCUCCUUCUGGCCACAUUGGCCUUCUCUGACAUAAUGCUCUCGCUGCUCUGCAUGCCCUUCACUGCCGUCACCGUGGCCACCUCAGACUGGAGCUUUGGGAGCGGCUUCUGCCGGGCCUCCAUCAUGCUGUACUGGCUUUUCGUCCUGGAGGGUGUGUCCAUCCUCCUCAUCAUCAGCGUGGACCGUUUUCUCAUCAUUGUGCAACGGCAGGACAAGCUGACCCCACACAGGGCCAAGGUGCUGAUAGCAGGUUCCUGGGUGCUGAGCCUGUGUGUGUCUCUGCCGUCUGUGAUUGGGUGGAGGACAAGUGCAGCAGGGAUUGGGGGCACCUGGGCGCCGCAGUGUGUGCUGGGGUACAGCGAGUCUAUGGCAGACCGAGGUUACACGGUGCUCCUGGCUGUAGCAGUGUUCUUUGUACCAUUUGCUGUCAUGCUGUACUCUUACAUGUGCAUCCUCAACACAGUGCGACGCAACACCCUGCGCAUCCACAACCACACCAGUGAGCCUUCCUGUCUGCCCGCCCUCAACCAGGUCAGCAAGAUGAGGCUCAACGGGCUGCAGCGGCCACCUCACAUCAAAGUGGACAUGAGCUUCAAGACCCGAGCCUUCACCACCAUCCUCAUCCUCUUCGUGGGCUUCUCCGUGUGUUGGCUGCCCCACACGGUGGUCAGCCUGUUGGCCGUAUUCAGCCGGCAGUUCUACUACAGCCCCAUCUUCUACCCAGUGAGCAUUGGUGCUCUGUGGCUCAGCUACCUGAAAACGGUGUUCAACCCUGUCAUCUACUGCUGGAGGAUCCGAAAGUUCAGGGAGGCCUGUCAGGAGUUCAUCCCCAAAAGCUGCAGGCUGUGUCCUCGAAUGCCAGGCAGGAGCCACAGGAGAGUGAGGCCCAGCAACAAUUAUGCUUGCAGCGAGACUCAGUCAGCCGUGUGAAACAGUAACUGACCUUGCUGCCAAAUGUUUUCACAUUUUAACUGCUCACCAAAACAGGAUGUUUGUUUUAAAACAAUAUACCACUAAACAUAGCCUCAAUAAUAAACACUCCAUCUAAACUCCAAACCCUUGAGCUUUUUCACAUUUUUUUGGUUUACAACCACAAACAUUAUGUGAUAGACCAACGCAAAGCAUGUACAGUAGAGACUGACAUUUUUGUCAAUUCUUUUAUGCCAAAUAGCUUAAUCGUAGUCUCACUGAAUAGAGAGCACCUGUGAACAUUAAUUAUCAAAUCUUGUCACAGAGUUUCAGUUAGAUUUAGAUCUGGACUUUGAAUGGGUUGUCCUAAGACAUGAAUAUUUUUUCAUUUAAAGCAUUCCAGUAUAGCUCUGUCUGUAAGGGAAACCUCUACCCCAUUCUCAACUCUUUUGCAGCCUCUACAAAAUUUUCUUCCAGGAUUGCCCUUUAUUUAGCUCCAUCUGUCUUCCCGUCAACUCUGACCAGAUUUGUUCCUGCAACAGAAGAGUCUACAGCAGGAUGCUGCUACCACUGUGUUUUACAAUGGAGGUGGUGUGUUCAAUGUGUGUACAGUUUUAGUAUUUUUAUCUCAUAGUAUGUUCCAUGGAGGCCAAAAAGUUUAAUUUUAGUCUCAUUUGCCCAGAGCAACUUUUUUCAAGUGUUUGCUGUGCCCCUUUCAUGGCUUGUGACAAACUUUGAGUGGGACUACUUAUGGUUUUCCAAGCAAUAGCUUCCUUUCAGCCGUUUCAUCCAUAAAUGCCAGAUUUGUGGAGUGCACAGUAAAAAGUUGCUGUGACUACAGAUUGUGCCUCCCGAACUGUGGGUCUCUGCAGCUCCUACAGUUUUACCGUGCUCUUGGGCGCUUCCUUGUUUAAUCUGUUCUUUGCUCAGUCGGUCUUUUUAGGUGGAUGGCCAUGUCUUGGUAGGCUUUUAGUUGUACCAAACUUCUUAUAUUUUAAGGCGAUGGUAUGAACAGUGCUCCAUGUGAUGCUUAAAGCUUAGGAUAAUUUUGUUUACCACAACCCUGCAUUAACUUCUCCACAGCUUCAUCUCUGACCUAUCUGUAUCUGUUGUUCAUUACUGUUCUCUAACAAACUGCGGAUGCCUUCACAGAACAGCUGGAUUUAUACUGAGAUUAGCUUACUUGCAGGUGGACUCCAUUAACUAUUUGGGUAACUUCUGAAGGCAGUUUGUUGCACUGGGUUUUAUUUAGGGGAAUAAAAGAGCCUCAAUGCAAAUGUAAGCCGCACUUUUCACCUAGUAAAAAAAUUAAACCAUGUAUCCCUUUCCUCCCAUUUCUCGGUUAUGUGCUACUUUGUGUUGGCCUAUCACUUAAAAUCUCAAUAAAAUACAUAAGUUUGUGAUAGUAACGCUGGUGUGAAUAACCUUGUUGACCCAGUUUGUCCUUUCCGUGCACACAAAGGUAAAAAAAUGAAAACAGAAGAAAAACAUCAGAUCUAAAUACCUCCUAAAAACAUCUUGUGUAAUAUAUUGUCUGUUUGUUUGCUUACUUAAAUAAAUAUAUGUUCAGUUUGCUGAUAUUCCAAUAAUUACAUUCGUUCCACCUGUUUUACAUCUUCCUCUGUGGGCUGUUGGUUUGACUUGUCCCAGAGCUGUUCUGCUGUUACAAGCUGUAACCUGUCGAUCUGAAACAACUCAUUGUUGGGAACAGACGUGUGAUGGUGAGGGGUUUACAGAAAAAUCAAACAGUAUAUUGUAUUAAAAAGUUUCAGUAAGCUAUUGAAAAAAUAAAAUCCAAGAGGAGCAAAAUUGUUAAUAUCAAACUGUUGUUUUGUCAGUUUUAAAUGUUUAUUGAAUUAAUUAUAAUUUCUUGAAAGAUAAAGCCAGAUUAUUAAAGAUUUUUUACAUGAA